AAAUCAUGAGAGUUGGCUGAUGACCGUCUCCGCUUUCUUUCUUCACACUUUUGUUUCUUCUCCGGCACACGCAGUUCUCGGUUCAAGAAACCUCUCAUCGCCUUCCCCAAUCCGAAAGCUCUUCUUUUUUCCGGUUUCUCCAUCUCUUCUCUUCAUCGUCUUCGUUUUCCAGCCUUACCCAUCAACGGAAACUCCGCUUUCUCCUUCGAAUUUGGACGGCCCGCCGGCGCCGGAGUCCCUCGCUCCUGUUCCAUUCCUACCCUCUUCGAUGGCGGUGUCGCCGCACGCCUUCCCGCCGCGGAAGCGGCGGCCCCCUGCCGGGGCCUUCGUCUCGCCCAGGCUCUCCGAUGUCGAGCUCGUCCAGACCCUCAUCCACCUCUCCCAGGAGAUCGCGUCCCUCCGGCCGUUUCAGUACCUCCUCCGGUCGUGCUCGCUCUCCAUCGUGCGCAAGGUCAACCUCCUCGCCGUCCUGUUCGAGGAGCUGCUCCGGAGGCCCACGAGCUACUGCUCCCCGUCGGCGGUGCUCUGCCUCGAGGAGAUGUACAUUCUGCUGCAGAGGAUCAAGACGCUGAUCGAGGACUGCUGCAACGGGAGCAAGAUGUGGCUGCUCCUGCAGGUCGAGCUCGUGUCCGACAGCUUCCGCGAGCUCAACGCCGAUUUGACCACCUUGCUCGACGUGUUCCCGGUGCGGGAGGCCCAAUUGAGCGACGACGUCGAGGAGCUCGUCGCUCUGAUCAAGAACCAGCGCUCGCGGGCCGGGGCUCGCGCCGAUCCGAGGGACGACGAUCUCCGGCGCGACGUGCUGGCGAUACUGGAUGGCAUCGAGAGGGAGGUCGUGCCUGAUCAAGCCAAGCUCGCGGCCGUUUUCGAGAGCCUGGGCCUGCGGGAUUCGUCCAGCUGCAGAGAGGAGAUGGAGAGUCUCGAAGAGGAGGUCCAGAACCAGAGCGACGAGAAGGGGAAAUCGCAGGCCAUCGCGCUGAUCGGGCUCGUCCGGUUCGCGAAGUUCGUCCUCUACGGCGGAUCGACGCCGCCGAAGCCGCCGGCGGAGUUCCGGCGGCGGAAGUCGGCGUCGAGCCUCGCCAUCCCGGCGGACUUCCGGUGCCCCAUCACGCUGGACCUCAUGCGGGACCCGGUAGUCGUGGAGACGGGGCAGACGUACGAUCGCGAAUCCAUCACCCUCUGGAUCCAAUCGGGGCACAACACGUGUCCCAAGACAGGUCAGGCCCUGGCCCACACGAACCUCAUCCCCAACCGCGCGUUGAAGAACCUCAUCUCCCUGUGGUGCCGCGAGCAGAGGAUCCCCUUCGAGGCCUCCGGCGACGCCGCGACCGCCCGCGGCGGCGCGAGGAGCAAAGGCGCGAUCGGGGCGACCAAGAUGACGGCGUCGUUCCUGCUCCGGAAACUGUCCGGCGGCCCGCCGGCGGAGGUCGCCGACGGCGUCGUCUACGAGCUCCGGGAGCUCGCGAAGUCCGACUCGGAGAGCCGGGCCUGCAUCGCGGAGGCCGGAGCCAUCCCCCACCUGGUGCGGUACCUAGGCUCGGACGUCGCCUCGGAGUGCCCGACCCUGCAGGUCAACGCCAUCACGACGAUGCUCAACCUGUCGAUCCUGGAGGCGAACAAGGCUCGGAUAAUGGAGACAGACGGCGCCCUCAACGGAGUCAUCGAGGUCCUGCGCUCCGGCGCCACCUGGGAGGCGAAGGGCAACGCCGCCGCCACGAUAUUCAGCCUCUCCAGCGUGCACUCCUACAUGAGGCGGCUCGGGCGGAAGACGCGGGUCGUGAAGGGGCUGAUGGACUUGGCCCGGGACGGCCACGGCAGCGCCAGGCGGGACGCGCUGGCGGCCAUCUUGAAUUUGGCGGGAGACAGGGAGGCCGUCGCGAGUCUGCUGGAGGGAGGGAUGGUGGAGAUGGUGUGCGGCGUGAUGGAGAGCCUGCAGGAUGAGGCAGUGACCAUCCUCGAAGCGGUGGUGAAGCGCGGUGGGUUGGUGGCGGUCAUGGCGGCCUUUGGGGCCAUCAGGAAGCUGAGCACGGUGCUGAGGGAAGGGUCGGAGCGGGCGCGGGAGAGCGCGGCGGCGACCCUCGUCAUGAUAUGCAGGAAAGGCGGGUCGGAUGCGGUGGCGCAGCUGGCAACAAUGCCGGGGAUCGAGAGGGUCAUAUGGGAGCUGAUGGGGACGGGGACCGUGCGAGCGAAGAGGAAGGCGGGCAGCCUACUGAGGAUACUCCGGCGAUGGGCGGCGGGAUUGGACUGCGAUAUGGCGGAUUCCGGCGACACGACUAACGUGACGACGAGCACGACCACGACGACAAGGAUAAUGUUGCCAAGCUAGCUUCGGUCCAUUCAAUUAUUUUGUAAAGUCUCAUUAAAUUUAAUUUAUUUCUUUCUUUGGCCGAUCAAAUCAAAACAAAUUCUCAAGUAUAGUUCAAAUCCAUUUCGCAAUCGGUCUCAUUUUUUUCCGAAUGAAUUGGCAAAAAUCAUGAGCCAUUGUAUAUGGAAAGUUUCUCCUCUUGUUCCUCAAUUGUAUCGAUUAGCAAAGCAUUGUCCUUUGGUGAAUGUUUCUACACGACCAAGAUAAAUACGUUUUC